CUUUGACAUGAGUCUUUGCAAAUUGUGCAGGAGUUCUCCCUGUGGGUGUGUUGGGUGAUUGACAGCUGAGCUUUGCUGCCCUGGGAGGGGAGACAGUGCAGGCUGGAGGUUGGGGGAAUCUGGCUCCUGUAAUUCUGAUGUUAAAAGCCGCCACUGCCGCCGCUGUUUUUUUUCGCUGAAGAUUCAGACAGAGAGAGACUGACAGACAGGGAGAUAACCUAGGUUCCCCUCCCCACACCCCAUCCCCUCCCCUCCCCUCCCCUUAGCCAGUCCUAGGGUUUGUCGCGAGUGUCGGUUUGUUUGUUUUUUAAUUUGUGUCGCUCAAUGAUGCCUGAACUGUGGGAUCUGUCUGAUGCCUUGCCGGAUUUGUCUAUGGAUCCAAUUACUGGUGUUGGCGUGGUUGCGUCUCGCUAUCGGGCACCUACCAGUUAUGAAGUAAUUUCGCAAACAGCAGAUGGCUUGGAUGCUGACCUCUGGAAGGACGGCUUAUUUAAAUCCAAGGUCACUAGAUAUCUCUGCUUUACGAGAUCAUUUUCUAAGGAGAAUAGCCAUUUAGGGAAUGUGCUUGUGGAUAUGAAGCUGAUCGAUUUAAAGGAUACUUUACCGGUGGGCUUUAUUCCUAUUCAGGAAACAGUGGACACACAAGAGCCAGCUUUCAGAAAGAGAAGGAUGUGUAUCAAAUUCAUUCCUCGUGACUCGACUGAAGCUGCCAUUUGUGAUGUGAAAAUUCUUGGCAAAUCUAAACAGGCUCCCCCUCAGUAUACAUUCAUUGGGGAACUGAACAACAUGGGAGUCUGGUACAGAAUGGGAAGAGUUCCUAGGACACAAGUGUCAACAACAACAGUGACGACAACAUCCCUGACGUCCUCAUCGUCACCGGAUCCUGCUCCUAAUCUCCCCAGAAUGCACUGCAACACCAUAUUGCACAUAUCCCUGACACUUCCUGCUAGUUUCCGAGGUAAAAUGCAUGGCACAAGACCAGACUUUGAACACCAGACUUCCAACCUGUAUGCUAUAUCAGCAAUGGACGGUGUGCCUUUCACUAUUUCAGAAAAAUUCUCCAGUACCAUUGAAAUGGUGCAACCAGUUGAUUUAAUGGGCAUAACAAUCAAAUCGUUGGCCGAAAUAGAAAGAGAAUAUGAUUACAGCUUUAGAACAGAACAGAGUGCUGCAGCUCGUCUUCCACCAAGUCCCACUAAAUGUCAACAAUCACCAUUAUCCUGAAGAUGAACCUUAAUGGAGAUGUUGUUAACUAAGGGACAGAUGUCUACUGGAACAGCCACCAUGCGAAGCAAUGUUGGAUACUUUGCUUCCUUUAACUUCUACUGAAAUGGUAUUCUCAUACUAAUGGAAAGGACAGUAUUUCUAAUUACCAGCAGUCUACCUACAACUUAACAUUGGGUAAAAUCAUUUUGUACAUGGAGUUUUGUAAAUACAAUUUUUAAUGUGACCUUUAUUUGCAAAUCUUCUGGCCUUGAAUAAGGUUAAUCGUUUUAAUAAUUAUUAAACAAAGGCUGGAUGUUUUUUGCUUUCUUGAGCCAUAGCUUAUUUCUGUUUCUCCAUAUUUUUUGUCAAACUAAUUUUGCACACUUCAGAAAUGCUACUGGUGAUAGCCGUUUUCACAAACUAUGCAUCAUUUCAUUUAAUAGACAUUUAGCCAUUUGUUUCACUAUGAGACUAGAUGUAAUUUUAAGUUAAGGAAAUAAAGUUUUGAAAUAUCAUGUUUAGCUGAUGUUUUAGUUUUAUUUCCUGCUUCUAACAAGUCAAAUUUUGAUAGUAUGAAGAGGAAUUUAGCAAUAGUUAAGAUCAAAUUUGGCAAAGUCAGAAUAACUUAUUUUUUAUUCAGAUCAGAGAAUUGGGUGCUAGUUUCUACCAUAGCUUCUGGAAAUCUUAAGAUUUACUAAGUUAUGUUUCUGCACAGAUAUUCUACUUCUAUGUAGACUGUCCCUAUAGUCCGUGGUUGUUUUCUCUUAUUUCUGUCACAGAAGAUAGCAUAGUUAUCUGUUUUCUCUUGGAAUAUAUCAAAUUUAGAAGCUAUACUCAGAAUUCUACAAAAAUUAAGUUGGUUUUUGGUAUUCAUCUCGAUUACAUGCACCCUGUCUUUCCAAUUUUGCUUAACAUAAUCAUGAAAUGUUUUUGUGGGAAUUCUCGGAUUUUCUACAGCAAAGCUUUCCAGUCUAUAAAAUAUCUUGCUAUUCUUUAAAGCUGUUGUUUAUGGAAAACAGUAUUUGUUAUAUCACAGUGAAUGAACAAAAGUUAAAACAGGCCUUCCUUAUUGGUUCCUUUAUUAACAAAGGACAUUUGUGCUAUUCUAAUGCAAUAUUUGUUACUGCAGUUUUUUCUACAGUUGCAUAAGGUAUGAUUCUGUGGUUAUAAUCUAAGUGAAAGUGUAGCUUUGUCAAAAUGCACUGAUUUGCUUUGCACUGCAUUUUUUUAAUGUUUGGGCUCUUUUUUAAAUGUACACCCUUGCAAUCUGAAAGUCUUUUGUAUGGUUUUUAAACAUGCUUGUGAUUCUAAAUUAAUGCUAUGAAACAUGGUAGUUGUGUAACACUAACAAUUUUGUUAAGUAGCAGCUUUUCUUUAAACACUACUAUUAAUUUACCAGCCUUACCUCAAUAACCCAAGUGUUACAACCUCCUUUUAGGUGUUGUGAUCCACACUAAGAGAAAUCAACAUUCAAAACAGUAUUUUCAGUGGAUAGAAGGAUGUAGUGCUUUUAAUCAAUGGCAGCUGCUCAACAAAAACUACGUAUGCUAACAGGUUUACAUACUGUACGUAAAGCAGUCAUGUAUUUUUUUUUUCAUUUUAAUCUUUUUCUCAUUUCCAGUGCAAAACAAAUUCUACCUAAUAUGGAGGGCAUGGGUGAUCAGAUUAAUAAUGCCAGUGUUUAGAAUUACAAAUUUCUGUUUAACAUAGCACCUCAGAUUGUCAUGUGAAACAAGUGUUCUGAUCCAUUGACACUAUUUGGAAUGAACGAAAUGCUUCAGAUAUUGAAUAACUGAUUUUCAAUGCUGCAUGUAUAGUGUGCUUAAGCAUUUAAUUCAAGAAAGCAUAAUUAUAUUUUCUGUCUGUUCUGUACAAAUAAUGUAAAGCAUCCCAUUAUCAUUUCUAAAGAAACUAGGCAUUUAUCAUUUAUGUAUGAAUAUUAGCUGCAUCUAAAUGUCUGGUGGAGCUCUGUGAACUUCGAUGAUACAAAGGCACCCUGCUAUUAAGUGAUGAACGGUUUUUGCAGAGCAGAGCAUAGAGCAUUCACAGUAUGACUAACCAUUUCAACUCAUUCAUUUACAAUUUACUGUGAAUAAUUAAAUCAUGAUAAUAUUGUGCAUAAAAUUUGUGGAACUUCUGCCCAAAUGCUAUUAUCUUUAAAAUGUUGAAAAAUAUUUAACUUUCCCCAGCCAUACAAUUGUAAUAGUUCAAUUUUAUUUUUAAUUGUGUUGGAGAUUUAACCCACUGUUCUUAAAAGGGUUCAGAAAUAAAAUCUUCCUGUAUUUAUUGUAGAUUUGUUUCCUGUAGUUACAAAGGGAGGUUUGCGAUUUGGUUUAUUGAGUCUGUAUUAAUAAUGUGACAAGUUAAAUAAAAUAUCUGUUUUAACUGGC